AUGUCUAUGAAUAAGUACGUGGAAGAGAAUGUGUCCCAGAAAUCCUACACUACCAUCAAAUACUUCAUGAAGAUGCUGAGCAGUGUCAGUGAAACCUUGAUCUUUAUCUUCAUGGGUGUGUCCACAGUUGGACCAAACCACGAAUGGAACUGGGCCUUUGUGUGUUUCACAUUGUUCUUCUGUUUGGCAUGGCGUGCAAUGGGUGUAUUUGUCCUGACUCAGAUAAUUAAUAGAUUCCGCACAAUAACACUGACUACAAAAGACCAGUUCAUUAUUGCAUACGGAGGGCUUCGAGGUGCAAUAUGUUUUUCACUAGUCUUCCUCCUCCCUGAUUCUGCUGCUUUUCCAAGAAAGAAACUCUUUAUCACUGCAGUAAUUGUGGUGAUUUUUUUCACAGUUUUUAUACAGGGCAUUACUAUUCGUCCACUGGUUGAAUUUUUAAAUGUGAAGAAGGCAAAUAUAAAGCAGCAGAUGAUCAGUGAUGAAAUCCAUAGCCGGUUUUUGGAUCACAUAAAGGCAGGCCUUGAGGAUGUAUGUGGUCACUGGGGACACAACUACUGCAAAGACAAGUUUAAGCAGUUUGAUCAAAAAUAUCUGCGCAGACUACUGGUACGAGAAAAUGAGCCAAAAUCAAGCAUUGUGUCAUUAUAUAAAAAACUAGAAAUUAAACAAGCCAUUGAGAUGGCGGAAUCUGGCUUGAGUAGGGACCCAUCUUUAUCAUCAUUGGGAACAUAUGAAAAAAAUAAAGUGCAAGCUCUUUCUCCAUCUGAAGUUAAUGAAAUGCGAGAUGUCUUGUCA